AAAAUUUAAAGUAGAACAUAAACAUAAACAUAAACAUAAACCCUUUGUAAAACCCUAACAAGCGACCUCAUACUUCUCAAAAAGAAGCUCGGUGUCGGUGUUACAAAUGGCGAAGCGUUUGAUUCCACUCUUCAAUCGAGUUUUGGUGGAGAAAAUCGUGCCUCCAUCCAAGACCAACGCUGGAAUUUUGUUACCCGAGAAAUCUACCAAGCUGAAUUCCGGAAAAGUUAUUGCUGUUGGCCCUGGCCUUCACAAUAAGGAUGGGACGCUAAUUCCUGUGAGUGUAAAGGAAGGCGACACUGUUCUUCUGCCUGAAUAUGGGGGAACUGAGGUCAAGCUUGAGAACAAAGAGUAUCAUCUGUAUAGAGACGACGAUAUACUGGGGACACUGCAUGACUGAUGUCAAAAUCAUUGCUGGACCUUGGUGUAGCAAUUUAUCUGCUACAUUUGAGCAAUUUCUUUCUGUUCUGAUUUUUAUGUAUGUCUAAGUCUACGUUUGGUAGCGGAACAAAACAUUUCGUUGCUUUUUUGGUUGACCAAGAAUGUCAUUUUGUGCAACAAUUGGGAAUGUACUUUGUUAGUUAUUAAAUUUUUUGCCUUACAUUUUAUAGUUC